GUCGUGCUUGUCUGCCGUUGCGUGACUUAUAUCCUCCACCACUUCUCGCUUUGCUUUCAAUCCUCAAUUCAUUCACCCAUAAACAGACCUUUGUCUAUAUUUCGUCCACUCAAUUCCAGAAACAACUUCGACAAAACCACCCAAGAUGACUUCUUCACAGCCCGCUGACCCAUACACGGCCAAGAACUCCGAGGAUCCCAGCCUUGAGAUCAAGGUCAAUGACUUGAACACCUUCAUCAAGGGCCAGAAGUUCGGCAUGUUCACAACCGUUGCCCAAUCCGGCAUCCUCGCCUCACGAUGCAUGGCUCUAGCAGCUCAGGAAAACGACAUUGACCUGCUCUUCCACACCAACACCGAAUCUGGAAAGACCGACGAUAUCGAGAACGAUAGCCACGUAAACGUCGCCUUCCUCUCCUCCGACGGCUCAUGGGCCAGCAUUUCUGGCAAGGCCAACGUCAUCACUGACCGAUCCGUCGUCAAGAAAUACUACACCCCAACCUUGAAGACCUGGGUCGGUGACCUCGGCGAUGGCACGCACGAUGGCAGCGAGAACGACCCCCGUAUUGGCGUGAUCAAAGUCAAGGCCACCACCGUGACAUACGCCGUUGCCCAAGGCAACUUCAUCAGCAGAGGUGUUGAGAUGGUCCAGGGUGUCAUCACAGGCGAGGCAGCCAAAGUGAACCAGAUUCGAGGUAUCAGCGAGCAGGAGCUUGAUCAGUGGAGAUCAAGACAUGCAUAAAUGUCAAAUCAAGAAUAUGAGAGAAGCAGGCUCCAUAUACCCGCUAUGCCUAUCAGAAUGAGAUAGGUCACGAUUAGCAUGACAAUAAGCACGCGAGAGCCUCAUAAAAUAUUGUACAGCAGAGAUCUGAUGUUCAUGAUUUCCAAUUAGAGGAGAUU